AUUGGUUCACCUGCUGCCUCAAAACCAUGCACUGGUCUCCAAUUUCCACCAUCCCCCCGCCCUCAUCAUGUUGUGCAGUCCACCUCUCCCUUCUCCUUUGGGCCACCACCGCCACCAUCCUCUGUGGAAGACAUUGUGCCACAUCAACUGCCGGAAGCUGCUGUGAAGAGCAUGCCAGAGAAUCCUGCUGAGCUCCCACUUCUGUGGCCACAGACAGUGCCACAGCAGGACCGCAAGUGGGUAUCUGAGGCCCUCUUUAGAGUUGGUGCCAAAGGAAAGCUGGAGCUGCGGGACAACCUUCAGCUGUGGUAUCACCCCCCACCACCAGCCCUAUUGUACCACCAGGUGCCGGGUCCUGACAGGUUCUUCUCACAGUCUUUGCUGCUGUGGAUGCCAUACAGGUUGUGGAAAGUGCGGCUACAGUGCAUCGAUCCUGCCUGCAAUGGACGCCAGUGGAGUGGAGGAGGUCUGCACAGGCGGGUACGGCAGGUCCUAGACAUCGACAGGUACUACAACCUCGCAACGGAGACCCUUAUCUGCACUGGGUGUAGAAGCAGCUACUUGUCUUGGAGUCAGACGAUCCUCCAGCAGCUGGAUUUAGCACAUCGCUCAGAGUUUAGGGUCAUCCUCACACGCAGAUAUGCCUGUGACAUACGAGUCAUUCGUCUGUUACGUGAACGGAGCUUGGGAAAUGGACCUGUGCGUAUCAUUGGCCAGCUGAAAGAGAACCAUAGUGAAGAGUGGCUCCAGCGGGUGGCGCGAUAUACAUCAGAAUGUGCUGCAUUCGUGACCAGCUCGGGCCUACUUCCACCAUGCUUUCAGGAGCCCCCAAAACUCUCUACAGUCCCCAGUUACAAGUGGCUUCUCACUGUGUACAGCCAAGAUAUCCUCAAUAGGCUGGAGGAUAUCAAGGCUAGUAUCACAUCUACUUAUGGAACCAUUUUAAAAAUGGAUUCUACUAAAAAGAUCACAAAGAAGCUUACAGGGCCAGCCAAAGGCACUGCACAGUGGCUCACCUCAGUUGGGAAUGAAAGCGGUCAGGUGCUGAUAAGUGUUCUCACUGCAAAUGAAGGAGCAGGACUGGACCUAAUGGCUGCAGGUCUAGUGAACAGGUACCAGAGGGCUGGGGUAGAUCCUCCUGUUGUCCUGUAUGUAGACUGUGGCUGCUGCAAAGAAGUGGGAGAGACCAAACUGAAAAGCAGAUUUGGUGGAUGGCCAGACAUUAUUGUGCGUCUUGAUAUCUGGCAUUUCAUGCGUCGUCUGGCAGCCGGAUGCACAACUGACGCCCAUCAGCUCUAUCCCACUUUCAUGUCCCGCAUAUCAUCGUGCAUAUUUGAGUGGGAUGCUGGUGAUGUUGGACUGCUGAGGAAGGCCAAGAGGGAGCAACUUGCCCAGCAGGGCUGGCCUCCAUUAACGGAGAAGGAGCUUGACCGACAUCUCACAAAAGAAGAGCUGGCUCUCCAUUGCAGAAGAAAAACAAGAGGAGAAGAGACCACCAUCCGCCUUCUUUCUCAGCUUAUCGGAGAGCUCAUGAGCAAGGGGAAUGAUGCACUUGGGGUUCCUCUUCUCGACAGUGUCAGGAUGCAACACAUUUGGGAUGUCCAGAGGCGACAUGUGGCAUGCAUUCAGGACCCUCCAAAUGUAGCACUGUAUACAGAGACAGGAAGCAUCACCAAGGGAGGGGUGGUUUUAAAAACAUACCGGUGUGCCAGGGGUUCUACAUCUCUGGAAUCAUUUCACUGCCAUCUGAAUCGCUUCAUUCCAGGGAACAGUGCCAACUCGCUGAACUUUCAGGUUUAUCUUUUGGAGGGACUGAAUCGCUGGAAUCAGGACCGAGCUGCUGCUGCUGUUGUGAAGGAACCCUCACCACUGCGCACGUACACAGGGGAGUUGGUUCACUUUGUGAAUGACAGCUUUUUGAAAGUGUUCGGAAAGAAGUUGGUUACUGCAUUCACACCACCUGGGCAAUACACUGGUAAGGAUGCUCUUAUAACAGCAAUUACUUUCUAAACAUUUUUGUAAUCUCUUAUCAAACCUAAUAUGUGUUUGCUUGUUUUUUUUUAGGG